CAAGCCUCCACCGACCACCCUCUUGCACCCGCCCGCCUUCCUCUCGAGCAGCCUCUCACGCCCCGGCCCGGUCGUCAGGCCGUGGAGUCUGCCAAUCCCUCGUCCCAGAUAACGACGCCCAAACACACGCUCCCAUGGCUCAAGGCACCAAGGGCCAAACAGCCGCAGCGGCCGCACCUCCCAAUGGCGUCACAGCAACACAACCCUCAGCACCGGCAACCGUCAAUCGCAAGAAGCAGAAGCGCCGCGAGAAGCAGGCCGCUCGCCAGGCUGCAGAGCAGCCACCGCCCUCGGACGCAAACUCGCGAAAUGGCCACAUUCCCCACAACCACAUCCACUCGGGUGGUCCCGUACCAGACUACAGCGGCCCGGAGUUUGAUGACCAUGGCCAGUAUGACGGCGAGGAGUACUACAGCGAAGACGAGGAGCAGAUGUACCGUGGCGCCACCCAGAACGGCCAAUACCCGGCCGACUACGAUCUACAUGGCGCUGAGAAGAAGUCAAAAAAGAAGAAGAAGGCCAGAUCUGCGACUCAACAACCGCCCUACAGCAUCCGCGAUGGCUCUGCACCGCCCCCGCCACCUCCUCCGCCCCCGCAGCUAUCCACAGACACCUUCCGAACCGUCCAACGAGGCGCAAACUCGAAAGAUCGGAUCUGGAACACGUCGACCUCCGAGGAGCGGGAACGGAUUAAGGAGUUCUGGCUCUCCCUCGGCGAGGACGACCGGAAGUCUCUGGUCAAAAUCGAGAAGGAAGCGGUGCUGCGGAAGAUGAAGGAGCAGCAGAAGCACUCGUGUAGCUGCACGGUGUGCGGACGGAAGCGUACGGCUAUAGAGGAGGAGCUAGAGGUUCUUUACGAUGCCUACUAUGAGGAGCUAGAGCAAUAUCCCAUCGGCACGCGAGAGCCGCCGGAUCGCAUACCUCACAUGUCGGGCGGACGCGAACCGCCUCGGAUACGAGAGCUAGACGACUCGGAAGAAGAGGACGAUGACGAUCCCGACGACGAGGAUUAUAGCGACGACGAGGAGGAAGACGACUACCUCAGCGAAGAUGAGGAAGAGCUACCUCCUCGAGGGGAAGCGGCAUCACACAUGUUCAAUUUUGGAAACAGUUUGACAGUCAAAGGAGGCAUACUCACGGUUGCGGACGAUCUGCUAAAGAACGACGGCAAGAAGUUCAUCGAGAUGAUGGAACAGCUAGCGGAACGACGAAUGCAGCGAGAGGAAGAGGCCCAGUACGCCGCCGCCGGCGUGCAUCCCGGGCCACAUUCAUAUGCCAAGACUCAUCCUCACAAUCACCCCCCACCUCCGGAAGAAGACGAAUACGAGGAGGAGGACGAUGAGGAGUACGACGACGAGGAAUAUGACGAUGAAGAAGAGGAUGAGGUGCAGGAUACCAUGACCGAAGAACAGCGAAUGGAGGAGGGCCGGCGAAUGUUCCAGAUAUUUGCUGCGCGAAUGUUCGAACAGCGCGUGCUGACUGCAUAUCGAGAAAAGGUCGCCGCGGAGCGUCAAGCCAAACUUCUGGAAGAGCUGGAGGAGGACGCUGCUCGGGAAGCCCAACGGGAUCUAAAGAAAUCCAAGGAGGCCCAGAAGCGAAAGGAGAAAAAGGAGAAACAGAAGCAGAUCAAGGCAGAAGAAAAGGCCCGGAAGGAUGCCGAAAAGGCUGAUGCGGAGGCGGCGGCCAAGGCUGCGGAAGAGAAGAAGCAAGAGGAGCAGAGGCGCAAAAAGGAAGAGCAGCGAAAGAAAAAGGAGGCCGAGCGGAAAGCCCAGGAGGAAGAGAAGCAACGCAAGGAGGCCGAGCGACUCCAGAGACUCCGGGAAGAACGCGAGCGCCAGCAAGAGACCGAACGGAAGGCUCGUGAGCAGAAGGCCCAGGAGAAGAAAGCUCGUGACGAAACGAAGAAGAAGGAACGCGAAGAGCGUGAAGCCCGUGAAAAGGACGCCCGUGAGAAGAAGGCUCAGGAAGAUAAAGAUAGGCGGGAGCGCGAUAUCAAAGCCCGAGUGGAAAAGGAGCGGUCCCGGAAAGAUGAUCCAACGGCAACCCUCCAGCCGACUAUGGUGAAGAGGCCAAAUCAGCCAGUAGCUGUCGCGCUUCCUCCAGGACUGCUUUCAAAACAAUCUUCCGCGGGAUUUCCAUCACCUCAUGUGCAAGUCGCAACUCCGGCCAUCUCAAAGGCACCAACUCCAGUGCGACCACGGCAGAGCUCUCAGCAAGGCUCUCACGGCUCCUCUCCAAAGACACCACAGGUCGCCCCGGGCACAAGCAAGUCGAUGUCACCAAACAACGCCACCCCCCUUGCCCAGCACUCGAUGCAGCCAAAAUCAAUUCUCACGAAACAAUCAACAGCCCAGGCCCAACCUCCUCUCCACCAUCCACAGCCUGCGUCGCCGAUGCCUCCAAUAGGGCCGCCACCUGGAAUGCAACCACCGGGCUUUGGAAUAGGAGGCAUGCCACCCGGGUUGAAUGGCUUCCAACACGGUCAGCCGCCUCUAAACCCAAAUAUGAUGGGGCCCCGUCCGCCCAUUGGCCACAAUAUGCCAGGGAUGUAUCCACCAGGGGGCAACCAGUUUCGACAGUUCCCGCCGGGUAUGCACGGACCUCCAGGUAUGCCAAUGGGUCGUGGAUUUCCGAUGGAGGGACCGCCAGGCUUUCCCCCGAGCAUGUCCGGCAUAAACACUGGCGGCCAAAUGUCUGGUUUUAGUAUUGGAAUACCAGCUCAUUCUAGACAACAGUCGGCAUCUUUUGAGAAACCGAAUGUUGAGCCUCCCAUUGCCGCUCCUCAGGCCCAACCGAUUGCGCGACCUACACCGAUCCAGCGACCUUCGAGCGUUAAACCUCACGAGGGCACACCUGAGAACAAGCGGACGCAUGGACCGGACAUUGAUGAGCUCGCCAACCAUCUAGGCAGCAAAGCUCUGCUUGAUGAUGCAGAUGAUCUUGUUCAGGAUAUCUCCUCCUUAGAUGUCAAUGGCCGUCGCUCAAGCAUGCAAGCUGGGGGGAUGUCAAGAACUCCAAGCAUGCCGUUCAAUUUCCCACAGGGACAAGGCCAGGCCCGGCAGGAGCCUUUUGCGCCAUUCGGUACAUCCAAUGGAGCUGGUAGUGCUUGGAGUACACCUUCAAUGGGCGGCAUGGGGUUUUCAAUGCCUGCAGCACCUGGAUGGGGCAAUUCGCCCACGUCUGGGAUGUUCAACGGCGGCUUUUCCAUGAUGGGGAACCAAGGUUUCUCUAACAAAGCGCGAAUCAAUGCAAUCCGCCGUAUGGUGUGCAACGCCUGCAAGGGUUUAGCCAGCCGACAAACCUCGGCGGACGGAUACUACGCCAUACACGAUGUAUACCAGCAGCUUGAGGCUUUGCGAUCGCCCAGCGAGCCCCAGCCCACAAUGGGUGAUAUUGUUGAGGUCUGCGACAUAUUCGGCGAUGCGUCUAAUGGUGGAGGCACGCUCGAAACGAAGACGAGUCCGGUGGACAACAUGGAACGCCUGAUCAAGUUCGAGGACACGGGGAUGACGACUCCAUCCCUGGGCGAGAUAGGCAGCCCAAUCCCUGGUCAUAGCAUGCCCGCGGGGUCUGCUUUCGGCAUGAGGCCGCUCCAAUCACUUGGCCCCGGAUUUCCUCAGCACUAUUAAGCAUUUUCAGCGACAUGCAUGUUAUACUAGUUCUACCGGGCGGAUGCCAGUAUAACGCCUCUUGCAUGGCGCUUCUGUGUUU